CUGCAGAGAUAUUUGCUCAUUUCCGUCUGCAUGAAAUUAGCCAUUUUGAAUAAACCGUCUUCUCCAGUGGGUGAAAUGUAGAGAAGCAGAGGCGCUUAGUGGACACAUGGUGUUACUACAGCACGUAACACGCACACCAGGGCGAAAGUAAACACAUGACUCCUGUUAACUUGUGUGAGUCUUAAUAGCAACGGCGCGGAGUAGCUAAUCUCCAAAGAAGAAGCGCCCGUUAGCAGUUAGCUUAGCUAAUGUCUGCUCGGCGCCAUCGCUGUGUCCCGUGAUGGAUACCGACCGCUGGGGCGAAGAGGCCAGGACGGUGGUCGUGUCCGGUGUGCCCGUCGUGUUGCCCGUCGACAGGAUGGUCAACAAGCUGACUAUUCACUUCCAGAGCUACAGGAGUAGUCACGGAGCAGACGUCGAGGCGGUCAGUUAUCCCACCAACAUGGACGGCGUCGCUUUCGUCACUUUCUACAAAGCUGAAGAUGCAGAGAGGGUGGUGAGGAAGGAGCGGCACACCAUGAUGGACGACGAGUUCCCCUGCGACUACCGCCUCACUGUCUUCCCCUUCACUAGAGAUGUAUUUCUGUACGUCCCCAGCACCACGGUCGACCUCUCUGUGUUCGGCGGAGAUCAGUCGACGCUGAUUCGGAGUCUGCGGUCGGCUCACGGGUCGCUGCGUUUCCGGUCUUCCCUCCAGCACAUGAAAGCCACCGUCGAGGGGCCCUUCUCCGCCGUCCAGGCCCUGAGACGGGACCUCAUCCGCAGGGCCGGCCAGCUUAACUCCGCCGAAGUCAAACUGAGAGAGACCCCACUUAAUCCGAGGGUUAUAUCUCACCGCGAGGUCGUCGGCUCCGUAAACUGCGGCGGUUCUAAAGCUAAGCCGGGACCGGGGAGCUCACCCUGCUUAUCACCGCCAACGCAGACCACAGGUGAGGCAACCGAAGUCCAAAACCCGCUCUCGAAUGGGAAAGCUCGAAGCGCUUCCCCGAGGCAAAAGGUUUCUCAUGAGAGCUUGGAAGAAGAGCCGAGGGAGCAGUCCGGGCAGGGAAUGCCCGGAGAAUAUAGGACAGAGCUGUUGAGGGCCGACCCCAGACAGGUGCUGAAUGCAGGGGAUAGAGCUUCCUUAUCGGACCUGGACCGGCAUCUAGCAGAGGAAGUAUCAGCAACACAGCCAGGAGUGGACGGCACUCCAGACGAAUGCACCAGACCAGACAGGAGUUCAGCACCCAAGAUCAGAGCAGAGAUCUCGACGGGCUCCUCCUCCUACAGCCGUACCGACUAUCUGGAGGAUCUGGAUCAGAGCGGCUCAGCUUUCACCGCUCAGACCAAAGAUGUCUCGACGUCCUCCAAGAGCGAUGUGGAGGACGCAGAAGGGCCGCCUGCAACCGGCCCGGGUGAGAAGGAGGAGGGGCAUGAGGAGGACGCGUCCGUCUGGGUCGACUCGUACACGUUCAGGUACAUCGAGAAGUUCGACACAAAGGAGUUGGACAGAUGCUUGAGAGGCCUUGAGGCGCGCGUCGAGCUCGAGGGCGCCGACCUCGCGCGUAUAUCGCUGACCGAGAGGCAAACCUCCAAGACGGGCUCGCAGGUCCGGCUGGCGUCCGAGGACCUGAUGACCCUGGUGGAGCGUUGGUCGCAGAUGUUAAGAGUUCAUCGGAUCGACCUGGACGAGGACGGGCCGCCCGAGAGACAGACACUGAUUAAAAUCUGCGACAAUGUGAAUGUGCUGUACGUGGACGUUCUGUACCUGUUGGAGGACUCCUGCGUCAAAGUCAUCGGCCCCUCAAUUCAUGGGCACCUGUUCUGUAGGAAUGUGGAGGAUAGAGUCGCUCGGCUCAAAGACCCUCUGUGAGUGUAAAGGAUGUUGGCAUUUGGGACCAUCAACGGCCACAGGGUGGUGCAGUUGCGCUGCGUGUCACAAACAAUCUACAUGAAAUCCACUUUGCUAAUAAAAAAAAAAUAUAUUAUUGAAAAGAAUAAUACUUUACAUAAUUACAUAUGUGCGUCAAUUACUCAGACAACUCAGUUUAGUUCUCUUAUUGGAUCAAAACAUUUUAAUGCUUUUGCUUUCCCCCUUUGUCUCUAAGGUGACGCUUCCCUUUGUUUUUGGUUCAAUAAUUAGGUCUUUAAACCUUCGGUGUUAAUCCACACUAUUGUUCUCACAGCAGUAGUCCUAAUUAACCUCCUCACAUCUUAAUCACAGAAGGUAAUUAAAAGCAAAACUGACGGACGACAACUUGUCUCACGUAAUCACAUCUUCCUGCUCUCUUGUCCACCGAUUUUAUUUAAUCAUUCGUUAGCAAUAAAUCAUUUUCUUUUAA